CGUUGUGUUCGCAUGCUCUUCACCCUGCUCCUGCCCACUCUGCUUUUCACCUGCCCCCUGAUAACCCAUUCAGUCCUGAAAGGUCCUUAAUGCCUGGAUUUUGUCAUCCAGCCCUGCAGGAUGCUCCUCUUUGUUCUGAGGAAGGCUGUCCCAGACAGAGAGGAGGAGAUGGAGGUAGAUACAAAGAUUGAUACGGAGGAGGAGAUGGAAAUAGACGGAGAAGACCCUGGAGAGGAAGAGAUGGAUGUGGAUGUGGAGGAGGAAGAAGAGAUGGACGUGUAUGUGGAUGAGGAAGAAGAAAUGGAUGUGGAUAUGGAAGAGUCCAUUGAGGACAUGGAUAUUGAUUAAAAAGGUGAGGAAGAGGCCCUGAUCUUGGCAUGAAGACGAAUGCCAGC